GGAGCGAUUCAUCCUUCCCGAACGCAGCAUACAACUCUCCGUUGUACUGCGCUCUCCAAGUGUGCUUGUUCCCCCCUUCUUCCUUACCCUGGCAAGUCUUUGUGAAAUAACUCCGAUGAGAAGAAAAAAGAAGGCGUUAAGAGACCCUCCUGGCCCAACCCUAGACACUCUAAGAUCCUUUUUCAAACCUGCUCCCAUUUCGAGUCAAGAAAAAAACGGCUCGAAUGGUACGAUCCCUCCGUCACCCCAGAAUGAAAGGGGACUAGUAUAUAAGAAUAGAAUAUAAUUGGUUGAACGUAGCACUGUAACGGUGAUGACAGAGCUGUACAACAAGCAGCCUACCAUCGCCCCGGUCUCUUCACCUAAUACCAAGACAGUGAAAUAUUCCCGAUUUCAGGUGGGAAGUGGAAACCGAAUUUUGAAUGAGAGAGGCCGGGAGAGAGCAAUUCUUCAUCACCGUGAAAUCUUAUUGUUGCGUAUAAGUAUGGCAGAAUCAGGAUACAAUAUAAAUAAUUUGGUUCGAGAAGGCCGUUUUAGGUGGUUGAGACCUGCAGAAGUUCUCUUUAUACUACAGAAUCAUGAGGACCAGCAACUUGCUAAUCAACCGCCCCAAAAGCCAGCUAGUGGAUCUAUGUUUCUCUUUAACAAGAGGGUCCUUAGGUACUUCCGUAAAGAUGGUCAUAGUUGGCGCAAGAAGAAGGAUGGAAGAACUGUAGGAGAGGCACAUGAGCGGCUUAAGGUUGGGAAUGCUGAAACCCUAAAUUGUUAUUAUGCACAUGGAGAGAAGAAUCCUAACUUCCAGCGGCGAAGCUAUUGGAUGUUGGAUCCUGCAUACGAGCACAUUGUCCUGGUUCACUACAGAGAUAUAACUGAGGGGAUGCAGAUUGCAGCAUUCAUGUCACAGUCAUCUCCAAUUUCCUCUACUUUCUCUCUGAGUCCCAGCUUAUAUUCUACUCAACAUCCAGGCUUUACUGUUGUUGGUAGUGAAUCUUAUCAACAGUACCAGAACGAAUCUAGCCCUGGAUCUGGGGAAAUUUGUUCUGGUGCAGGCAUCAAUAGUAAUGGGAUGAACAUCUCAGACAUCACCGGGAGAACGGAGGGGGUGAGCAGCUCACCACAGGUUGAGAUAAGUCAAGCAUUGCGUAAACUUGAGGAGCAGUUAAGUUUAAAUGAAACUGAUCCACUAUAUAGUGAAAUUGAGAACUCAGAUGAUGUUGAAAAUUUUGGACAUGAUAAUAGUUCACUAGUUCAGAUCCAGCACAAGUCAAACAAUCUUCUGUUGCAGCCUUAUUCAGGAGAGAGCAGUGAAUCACAGCAUCAACUCUUGAACCUGGAUGGUGACAUAUGGAAAGAGAUGCUGGAUCACUGCAGAAGCUUUCCGGCUGCCGAGUCACAAGACAAAUGUUUUGAAAAGUUGGAUGAGAAUGGAACGCUACAAACCUUGUCAGGAAUGGGACCCAUAGAAGUUACCGAAAGUGAUAGGUGGCUUAAAUUUGGUGGAAAAGAAGCUCUGAAAUCUUCUUUGACAAAUUUUAAGCAAGUUGAAGAUUUCAAGUAUCCCGCAUGUGCAAGAAUAAAUACUUAUGGAUCCUAUUCUGACCAAUAUACAACAAUAUUUGACCAAGAUCUGAUUGGAACUUCAUUUGAAGAUGAUAUGAGCUUAACCAUUGCCCAGAAGCAGAAAUUUACUUUUCAUGAUAUAUCUCCUGAUUGGGGGUAUUCAUCUGAGGCAACAAAGGUAAUGAUAGUUGGAUCGUUUCUCUGCAAUCCAUCAGAGUACACAUGGACUUGUAUGUUUGGUGAUAUUGAAGUUCCUGUUCAGAUCAUCAAGGAAGGUGCCAUCCGUUGCCAGGCGCCUCCUCACUUGCCAGCUGAAGUAGGAGGAGCUUGUAAGAGUUCAGAGGAACUGUUGCACCUUGUCAGAUUUGUACAGAUGCUUCUGUCUGACUCAUCAGUGCAGAAAGGAGAUGGUUCUGGAUCAAGCAAUGAUAUCUUGGAAAACUCCAAGGCGAGCGAAGAUUCAUGGAGCCAAGUCAUUGAAUCUCUUUUAUUUGGAACUUCAACAUCAAUGGUAACCGUUGAUUGGCUUCUUCAAGAGCUUUUGAAGGACAAGUUGCAGCAGUGGCUUUCAUCCAAAUUGCAAGUACAAAAUAACCAAAUGGGUUAUUCCUUCUCCAGGAAAGAACAAGGGAUAAUACACAUGGUUGCUGUCCUGGGGUUCGAGUGGGCCUUGCAACCAAUUCUAGAUGCUGGAGUAAGUGUUAACUUCCGUGAUAUUAAUGGCUGGACUGCCCUGCAUUGGGCUGCACGCUUUGGAAGGGAAAAAAUGGUCGCAUCCCUCGUAGCAUCUGGUGCAUUUGCUGGAGCUGUUACUGAUCCCUCUUCACAAGAUCCAUUUGGUAAAACUGCUGCGUCAAUUGCUUCUAGCUGCGGUCACAAGGGAGUUGCAGGUUAUCUUUCAGAGGUUGCUCUCACCAGUCAUCUUUCAUCCCUCACAUUAGAGGAAAGUGAGCUUUCAAAGGGGGCUGCUGAUGUGGAAGCAGAAAGAACUAUCAGUAGUAUAUCAACCACAAAUGCUGCCACACAUGAGGAUCAGCUUUCUCUGAAGGACACUUUAGCUGCAGUCCGUAAUGCUGCUCAGGCUGCUGCUCGUAUACAAUCUGCAUUCCGAGCACAUUCAUUCCGGAAGAGACGACAGAGAGAAGCUGCUCGUGCUGCUACAACUAGCGGAGAUGAAUAUUGUGUCCUCUCAAAUGAUGUUCUUGGACUUUCAGCUGCCUCAAAGUUGGCAUUCCGCAACAUGCGGGAUUAUAACUCAGCAGCUUUAGCUAUUCAGAAGAAAUAUCGUGGAUGGAAAUGCCGGAAAGGCUUCCUUGCAUUCCGCCAGAAAGUUGUGAAGAUACAGGUGCUUUAUUUGUUUGAAAGCAGAAUAGACAUUUCAACCUCAUUUGUAACAACGUAUAAAAUUAAAGAUGACAGAUCUAAAAAGAAAAGGUGUCACCAAUUUAGAUGUUAU